AUGGGGAAAGAAAGUAGUGAUAAUUCAUCAUUAUCGUCAUCAUCAACUACUACCUCACAAUCAUCAUCUUCUUCUUCUUCCUCUUCUUCAUCAAAAUCAUCAUUAUCAUCAUCAUCAUCAUCAACCAAUACAAGUAAAAAUAGUGGUAAAGGAUCUUCAUUGGAGAUAAAUCAAGAUCCAUGGUCAUUAUUAUUACCAACCAAUACAAGUGAAAUCGAUGAAAUCUCAAAAUUAAUUGAAGAGAAAUUACUUAAACAAUUAAAUAAACAGGUUAAUCCUUCUAAAAAAUUCAAUUUAUAUGAUGUAGCACCAUUUAUAACUGAUGGAGCUGAAGUAUUAUUAGAUGAUGAGUUUAGUAAAUGUUUCAAUUCACCAGAAAUUCAUGCAUGGAAUUGGAACAUAUAUUUAUAUCCAGGAUGGUUGUUUGGUUGUUUUAUUAGAUAUUGUAUCCUCUUUCCAUUAAGACUAACUUGUUUAAUAGUUGGUUGUUUCUUAUUUGCAAUUGCUUUCUUUUUAUCGACAACAUUUGUAAAGAAUGAAAAAAGAAAAAAAAAUUAUCAGAGAAAAUGUAUUCACUUUUUAGCAAUGGUAUUUAUUAUGUCAUGGUCAGGUGUUAUUAGAUAUCAUGGAGUUAAACCACUUAGAAAAAAGAAUCAAAUCUUUGUUGCAAAUCAUACCACCGUUAUGGAUGUUGUAGUUUUACAAAGUCAAUUUUGUCAUGCAUCUGUUGGUCAAAAACAUAAAGGUUUAAUUGGUUUCAUUCAAGAUUAUAUUUUAAAUUGUAUUGGUUGUCUUUGGUUUGAUAGAGCUGAAUCAAAAGAUAGAUUAUUAGUUGCACAACAAAUUUCAAAACAUAUUGAAAAUGAAAAUAAUGACCCAUUAUUAAUUUUCCCAGAAGGUGUAUGUGUUAAUAAUCAAUAUUGUGUUAUGUUUAAAAAAGGUGCAUUUGAAUUACCAAAUGUUAUUAUCUAUCCAGUUGCAAUCAAAUAUAAUACAUUAUUUGUUGAUGCAUUUUGGAAUUCAAAGAAACAAUCAUUUAUUAGACAUAUGUUUAAUUUAAUGACAUCAUGGGCAUUUGUUUGUGAUGUUUGGUAUUUAGAACCACAAACAAUUAGAGAAGGUGAAACAGCAACACAAUUUGCUAAUCGUGUUAAAGCAAUGAUUGCAAAGAAAGCUGGUAUCAUAAAUGUACCAUGGGAUGGUUAUUUGAAAUACUUUAAACCAGGUUCAAGAUUUGCUGAACAUAAACAAAAGAUUUUUGCUUCUCGUUUUAAAAAGAAAUUUGAAGAACAAUUAAAUAAUAGUAACAAUAAUAUUAAUAAUAGUUUUGGUAGUGAUGAAAAUGAAAUUGAAAAUGAUGAACAAGAUAAUAAUAAUAAUAAUGAAUCCUCAAAUAGUAGUAUCGAAAAAGAUAAUAAUACUUCUUCAAGUAUUAAACAAAGAAAAUUGGCAACCCCAAACGAAUAA